GACGAAGUUGUUGGCUUGGAACAUGCCACAGAUAAACUGAUAAAAAAAUUGUUGGAAGAACAAUCACAACGGGAAGUGAUCUCAGUAGUAGGCAUGGCUGGAGUUGGCAAGGCCACACUUGCCAAGAAAGUUUACGACAGCCAACAAGUGAAUGCACACUUUGACUGCAAAGCAUGGUUCAACAUCUCUCAAUCAUACAAGCCAGAUGAGCUCCUCAAAACAAUGAUAAAGAAGCUAUCAGAAAAAGAAGUCCCACAUGAUAAGGGAAUUGAUUCAAUGGACCAGAAGUCACUCAUUGACAAGCUAAGAGAAUAUUUAAAGGAAAAGAGGUAUGUCAUUGUGUUUGAUGAUGUAUGGAAAACUGAUUUUUGGGAAUUCAUAAGAUGUGCUUUACCUGAAAAUAGCAAAGGCAGUAGAGUAAUUAUCACCACACGUAAUGAAAAAGUCGCUGCUGCUUCAAGCGUAGAACCUUCAAUGAAAAAUGUGCACAAACUUCAACCCCUAUCCCAAGAGGAGGCUUGGAAACUCUUUUGCAAGAAAGCCUUUAGGGGUCAUUGUCCCCCUGAGUUGGAGGAAGUAUCACAUGAAAUUGUUAGAAAAUGUGAAGGAUUGCCACUUGCAAU